UUUUUUUUUAACCUGCACCUUACGAGAAGUAGCUAUUCAUACUCUUUGUCUCUUCAGACUCGCUUCUAGCAAAGACAUAUAGACAGCACAUAAACACUUAUACAAUCUCUACUUCGAGGAAUAAUUCAUGACAAAGGCAAAGUCACCAAAGCGGUCUUCACCGCCAACAAGCAAUGGCAAUAGUCAUCACACACAUGCAGAGAAGGAAGUUGAUCCAAUUGUGGCAACAGCAGUAACUACAAAUGACGAGAAGGGACCUGGGUCUCCUACGAGUAGUGGGAAGACAUCGGGAAAUAGCCAUGGAAAUCACCACCACCAUCACCACCAUUCUUCUGGGCCGACUUCAGCUUCAAAAGAGCCUGUAGUCUUGUUAGCAGAUCAAUCGGCACAGGCUAAAUGGGCCAACUGGUCGGUUCGCACUCUAUGGACUUUGAUCAUGAUCGGAGGCUUCUUUGCUUGUGUUGCUGCAGGGCCUUUGUUUGUGAUUUUGUUGGUCGUCGUGGUACAAGGCUUGGUUUAUAAAGAAGUUAUUUAUCUGGCUGCUGUACCCAGCAGGGAAAAAAAAUUGCCUUGGUUCCGCGCCAUGAAUUGGUACUUCCUCUUCAGCACAAACUAUUUUUUCUAUGGCGAGAGUUUGAUUCAUUAUUUUCAACAUGUUGUUUUUGUCGACGCAUUCUUACUUCCUUUUGCUACUCAUCACCGCUUCAUUUCCUUUACACUCUAUGUUAUCGGUUUCGUAUUCUUUGUUGCCAACCUGAAGAAGGGUCACUACCGCUUCCAGUUCUCACAGUUUGCAUGGACACACAUGACAUUGUUAUUGGUCGUCUGUCAGAGCCACUUUAUCAUCAACAACAUCUUUGAGGGUUUGAUCUGGUUUUUCCUUCCAGUUUCGUUGGUUAUUGCCAACGACAUUUGGGCAUACAUCUUUGGAUUUUUUUUUGGUAAAACCCCAUUGAUCAAGCUUUCGCCCAAGAAGACUGUCGAGGGUUUCGUUGGUGGUUGGAUCAUGACUAUUGUCUUCGGCAUACUGUUUUCCACCUUGUUCUUAAGAUACCCAUACAUGAUCUGUCCUGUCAAAGAUCUGCGUUCUACAGCGUUCAGUGGACUUACUUGUGAGCCCAACCCAGUUUUCAUUCCUGUAAAACAUUACCUCAAGCCAUGGAUGGUGGCUCUGGUCCGUCAUCUAGGAAUGCGCAGCAACUAUGUAAUGAUUGCACCCCUUCAAUUGCACACCAUUGUCAUGGCAUGUUUCGCAUCACUGAUUGCACCUUUUGGAGGAUUCUUUGCCUCUGGUUUCAAGCGUGCUUUCAAGAUCAAGGAUUUCGGUCAAUCGAUCCCUGGUCAUGGAGGCAUCACAGAUAGAAUGGAUUGUCAAUUCUUGAUGGGGUUGUUUUCAUAUAUGUACUAUCAGAGCUUCAUCAAGACAUCUGCUGUCACAGUUGGAUUUGUCCUACAGAACGCCAUCAACCUCAAAGCACAGGAGCAAAUGGAGUUGUUUGAUCACCUCAGACAGUACCUUAUCGGACAGGGCUUAUUGGAUGAGGAUAGCUGUGUUAUUAUGCCUCCUAAAGAAGCAUGGGUUUCAUGAGUGCUCCAAGGGAUUUUGGUGCUAUAAGGUCACUAGGGUAGCUCUCAAUCCACAGGUCUUGGAAGUUUUAGUCUCUUUUUUUUUUUUACUUUUCUUUUUAAAAACACUCUCCAUCAUCGCAUCCAUAUAUCACAACAUAUAAUAAAAACAUCUACUUUUGCC